AUGUCGGGCCGUGCACACCGGCCCAUGCUCAGUCAACCGUCCCCUCGCCACGCCUCGUCUCACCUUCCCUCAUCCCAGCCUUCUUCACCCACGUCCCUCCGCGCCUCCGCGUUGCUCCUCUCCCUCGCCCAGGGUCCACCUCGCCUAGGGUCCACCUCGCCCAGGGUCCACCUCGCCCAGGGUCCACCUCGCCCAGGGUCCACCUCGCCCAGGGUCCACCUCGCCCUGCCUCCCCUUCCCCCAUCUCCCACCCCUCCCCAACCCUCCCAACACGUUUUCCCCCGUCCCUCUCUCUCCCCCGUCCCUCUCUCUCCCCCGGGGCAGGGCUUCUGGCGGGGCACAGUGCCGGGGCUGCUGCUCGUCAUGCCCUACACCGCCAUCCAGUUCGUCGUUAUCCACCGCUUCAAAUCGCUCAUGACCGGCUCGCACCGCACAGAGGACCACAAGCAGCUACGACCAGAGCUGUCAUUCGUGGGCGGGUCGGUGGCGGGCAUGGCGGCCACGGUGGGGUCGUACCCCUUCGACCUGCUGCGCACCGUGCUGGCCUCACAAGGCGAGCCCAAGGUGUAUGCAGGCAUGAGGGCGGCGUGCAUGGGCAUAGUGAGGGAGCGCGGGGUGAGGGGGCUGUUCGCGGGCCUGCCGCCCACAAUGGUGGAGAUCAUUCCAUAUGCCGGCCUGCAGUUCGGCCUCUACGACGCCUUCAAGCGCCAACUCGCUCACUACAACUGGUCGCGCUCCAAUGCUCGCCACGACCGCCCUGUCUCGCUCGCCCACUCGCACCUGCCCUCCACAGCCCCAUCCACCACGACACUCUCCCAAUCACCAUCACCAGCCACAGCCCCGCCAGCCGUGGCGUCGGCAGUGGAGCGCCCGGCACGGCCCGCACUGUCAGCGGGGCAGCUGAGUGCGUGGCAGCAGUUUAUGUGUGGGCUGGCAGCGGGCACACUGGCUAAGGUCGCCUGCCACCCGCUCGAUGUCGUCAAGAAGAGAUUCCAAGUGGAGGGGCUGCGGCGCCAUCCUCGGUACGGAGCGCGCAUUCAGCCGAGGGCGUACCGCGGCAUGAUAGACGCGCUGCGCAAGAUAGUGGCCACCGAGGGUGUAGAGGGGCUCUAUAAAGGCGUGCUGCCUUCUGUCAUCAAAGCCGCCCCAUCCGCUGCCAUCACCUUCUUUGUCUAUGAGCUAGUCGCAAAGUUUCUGGAGGAAAUGUCCUCAACAGAAGUCCAAUGA